CGCGCAUUUAUCUUAAGUUUUAACAGAAUGUACAAUACAAGCAUUUCCUGUGGCUAUGUGUAAGACAUUCGUCAAACAGAGUUGUCGUUCGUAGAGAUCACAAAUCACUUUGGAAGUAUAUUUAUGUACACGUUCGAUUCAUACUAAUUCUAGCAAAUUUGUCACAGUGUCAUCUCUGAAACCAGAAAAGGUCGUUACAAUCAUUUCGACCUUGAAGGAUUUCUGAGGCGAUCAUCAUGAGACUGUCAUCGCUGAUCAUAGUGAUGUUGGUGACACAUUCAAGAUAUGUAAAAGAAAUCAGUUCCUGUAGCAUAAUGCUGUCGGCAAUAACGAAUCUAGUGGAGCUAGGAUCUUCUAUUUUGCUGACGUGUCAAAUUUGUCCUUCAACAACUGCAAUCAAUUUUAAUCACAAUAGUUCAAAUAUAGCAUUCUCUAUACUUGUAACUGGGGAAAUGGGUGUAGUGAACAAAAGUUUGUAUAACUUAACAUACGAGACUGAAACACGAAAGUUAAAUUUGAUCAUUAUAAAUUUUAAACGGUCAUCUGUUGGCAAUUAUUCGUGUUUUAACCCUUACACAACGGACAUAUCAUCGCUGACUUUAGAACACUCAGUUCCUGUGACAUUUGUAACCUUGACUCCUGCCAUACCGACGAUUUCCGUGUUGCAAAACGUUCCCAUCAGCGACAUUAAAUGUACAUCAUCAGAGGGCCGCCCAACACCAGCCAUUACUUGGUAUUUGGAUAAAAACACACCCUCGAAUGACACCAAUUAUGUAAAUGUUACAUUAAAUAGUAGAAGUGAAACAACAGGAGACGUAACGACGAGUACUCUUACAAUUACUCCUACAGUUGAAGAUCACGGUGCAAGUUUAUAUUGCAAAGUCACAAAUGGAUACGGGCAAAUUAUAUCAAAGGCGAGACUCUUUAUCGAUGUGUUAGUUGUUCCAUCAAGGCCGAUAAUUCUACACAAAUCGGUAAUCGUCAGCGACAACAUUUCUGUGAUACUAAACAGGUCUGUGUCGCUCGAAUGUAACUCCUCUGGAUACCCAACGCCAACCAUUUCAUGGGUUUUAUCUAAUGGUUCCGUGAUGAACAACAAAUAUAUGGAAUUGAAAUGGGAGAAUAGAGUAAACACGGACACGAUCACCUGCAGAGCCACAAGUGUUAUGCAGCCAACAUAUGGAAUUAUGACAACACAUUAUAAUACAACUGAUUUACUGAUAAACAUUUUGUAUUCGCCGUCAAUCCCAACCUGUUCAAUCGGAGAUAAGCUUAUAACAGAAAAUGCAAUACGGGCAAUAAAAAAUGAACCACUGAAUAUUAAUUGUACUAGCAAGAGCAACCCUCCUCCCACGAGCUAUUCGUGGACACUGCCAGACGGAUUGAAACAAGAUGGACAACAACUCAAAAUACAACGCGUACUUUCGAAUGGUCCUUACGCUCUUGAUGUCAAUAAUGUUAUGCACUCAACAUUCUCACCACAAGUCAUAACCGGGAAUGCAAAUUCGAUCUUUACACUUGACAUAUUAUGUGCACCGAGAUCAUCUCCAUAUCUCCCACCGGUCCCUAGAGUUUGGACAAAACUUAACAGCAUUGUAAUUCUCACGUUCAUUAUUGUGGCGUAUCCUCCUCCAAGUGCUUCAUCGGCCUUCGUUUGGCGGAAACAACAUGCCCGCAGAAGCGCUUAUGGCUGGCUGACGUUGACACCAGUGUGGAGCUACUACACCGGUUCUUCAGGAAGACAUGGGAAGAAAAAGAAAUCCCAACAGAGUGGAUACCUCAUUAAGCUCCUCAAGAAAGGCGACUUCAGUUUCUGCUCCAACUUACGAGGAAUCACGCUGUUGUCCAUCCCAGGAAAGGUGUUUAAACGCAUCCUUCUGAAAAGAAUGAAAGACGCAGUAGACUUACAUCUCCAUGAUUUACAAGCCUUCGAAAUGAGAGAUUGA